AUGUCUUCAUCAAAGCCUGCAGUGAAGAGAAGGGUUGGUGACGAGCACAGACAAUUUCAAGAAAAGUGGGAGACGCAGUAUUUCUUUCUUGAGCACAGGGGCAUCCCCACAUGUCUUAUUUGCACAGAGAAACUUGCAGUGCACAAAGAAUACAAUGUUAAACGCCAUUAUUCAACUAAACAUGCUGAGGAAUGUGCAAAAUACCAGGGGGAUAAGAGAGCCAAGCGGAUUGCCAGUCUUAAAGCAUGUCUACUGAAGCAACAAGAUUUCUUCAAGAAAGCAACCAAAGAGAAUAUUGCAGCAGUAGAAGCUAGCUACAUGGUUAGUGAGAUGAUUGCUAAGGCAGGGAAACCAUUCACAGAAGGCGAGUUUGUUAAAAAAUGCAUAUUACAGGCUGCAAGUAUUAUCUGUCCGGAAAAGAAAAGUCAGUUUAGCAACAUGAGCCUUUCUGCCAACACUGUGGCAGAGCGCAUUUCUGACCUGUCAAGUGACAUUUAUCAACAACUGUGUGAGAAAGCAAAAUGUUUUGAUGCAUACUCAGUCGCUCUUGACGAGAGCACAGACAUAACAGACACUGCUCAGCUCACAAUUUAUCUCCGUGGUGUUGAUAGCAAUUUUGAAGUGACGGAGGAGCUGCUCACAGUAAUUCCAAUGCAUGGCCGGACCACCGCUAAUGAGAUAUCUCGUCAUCUAUGUGAUGCCAUUGAGAAUGCCGGUUUGCCAUGGAAGAGGUUUGUUGGAAUAACAACUGACGGAGCGCCAUCAAUGACAGGGAGGAAAAAUGGACUGGUGGCACUGGUGGUUCAAAGGAAACUGGAAGAGGAGGGUGUAGAGGAGGCCAUUGCUCUGCACUGCAUUAUCCAUCAGCAGGCUCUUUGCAGCAAAUGCCUGAGGUGUGAUAAUGUGAUGUCUGUUGUUGUAAAUUGCGUCAACCAAAUCAGAUCCAGGGGCUUAAAGCACAGGAGGUUCCGUGCUUUUUUAGAGGAAAUGGAGUCAGAAUAUGAAGAUGUGCUCUAUUUCACCGAGGUACGUUGGCUCAGUAGGGGAAAUGUCUUGAAAAGAUUUUUUGAGUUGAGAGAAGAAGUGAAAGCCUUCAUGGAGAAGGAUGGGAAGGCUGUUCCUGAGUUAAGUGAUCACAAAUGGCUCAUGGACUUAGCUUUUCUUGUUGACAUCACACAUGAGCUGAAUAUACUGAACACAAAGUUACACUCAUCUGCGCUGCCUAUGACAACGUGA